CAAGUCAAGUCAGUUUUUUAUCAGCUGUCAGCGGUGUCGUGCGUGUUCGUGCGCGUUUGUGAUUAAUCCGUGUUCGCGGCACCACAUGGCCUUAGCGCCUUGCUCUCUGUCUGUCACCCUUGAAACUUAUUUUUGUUUUUGAUUGUGUCAAAUUCGUCAACCCCAGUUUUGUACGGAAGGUGAAUUAAAAGUGCGCCGCGGUUUUUUGUUAUCGUAUCCUCAAUCAUGUCCGAUAGACCCGUCCGAGUGUGGUGUGAUGGAUGUUAUGACAUGGUCCAUUUUGGUCAUGCCAACUCCUUGAGACAAGCCAAAGCUCUCGGUGAUUACCUAAUAGUUGGAGUUCACACCGAUGAAGAAAUCACAAAGCACAAAGGACCUCCUGUCUUUACUGAACAAGAGAGGUACAAAAUGGUUCGCGGGAUCAAAUGGGUUGACGAAGUGGUGGAAGGAGCCCCUUACGUUACCACCCUGGAAACCCUAGACAAACACAAGUGCGAUUUCUGCGUCCACGGAGAUGACAUUACCAUGACAGCAGACGGCAUUGAUACUUAUCACUUUGUCAAAAAAGCCGGCCGCUACAAGGAAGUCAAGAGAACUGCUGGAGUGUCAACGACAGAUUUGGUCGGGCGAAUGUUGCUGCUGACGAGGAAUCAUUUCCGGCGAGGGGACCAGGAGUAUGAAGUUAGCAAAAACGAUUCGUCUUAUAUGGGUCUUGAUUCCACAGGGCGCUCACCUUAUACAGGCUGCUCCCAAUUCCUACCUACAACGCAGAAAAUUAGUCAAUUUAGUGAAGGGAAAGAACCAAAGCCCAACGAUCGAGUGGUGUAUGUUGCUGGUGCUUUCGAUCUUUUCCAUGUAGGUCACUUGGAUUUCCUAGAAAAAGCUAGGCAAGAAGGAGAUUUUCUAAUUGUUGGCCUUCAUACAGAUCCAGUAGUUAACCGUUACAAGGGCUCAAAUUACCCAAUAAUGAACCUUCAUGAACGAACGUUGAGUGUACUAGCUUGUAAAUAUGUCUCAGAAGUUGUAAUCGGUGCUCCAUACAAUGUCAACAAAGAGUUGAUGGAGCAUUUUAACGUUGACAUUGUCUGUCAUGGUCAACAAUUUUACAAGUAUGCAAAUGAUAUGGACCCUUAUGCUUAUCCUAAAAAACUUGGAAAAUUCAAAUUACUAGAUUCUGGGAAUGAUAUGACAACAGAAAAAAUUGUCGACAGAAUUAUAUUACACAGGUUAGAAUUUGAAGCUCGAAAUGUUGAAAAAGAACGGAAAGAGUUGGCGUUGUUGGAUCUCAUGAAUUCAAAAAAAGAUGUCAGAAAUGGAUGCUCUGAAGGGAAAGAGAGCAGUUGAAGGCUUUAAUUAUGCCAAACAUUCCAGUGACUUGUCGAUACCUGUGAACAGUGAACAGUAAUACACCAUUAAUUUUUUAAGAUGAUAGGUCAAGUAUGGAACUGAGGGAAUUAAGAGAUCUAUAUUAAAUGGACAGAUUGAUUUUACUAUCGGAUGUCACAACUCUUUUGCUAUGUUUUUCAUCUUACUCUUAAAAACAAAAGCACAUGAAUUAAGGAAUCUUUGAAAAAAAUUCCUCCUAUUUUUGAUGCUAAAAUAUCAUAAGUAAUAGAGAGUAGGGUUUUCUUAAACAUCAAAUGCGAUGCCUUGUAAUAAUGUCUCCAGAAGUGAUUAUGUGAUGAAAGAGUGUCAAGGGAUAGUUAUAUUUUGAACAGAUCUCUAAAAUGAUGUGAUUGUAUUUGCAAGUAAGACUGUUGUCAUAGAACUCAACAAACAUGUCUCGGCUUGUAUAUUUGGCUGAGCCGUACUCUCACAUUGUUCAAUAUUCUAAUUUAAAUUUGUUACUCAAUUUUAACUGUUGUUAUAUUUUUAUUUUUAAAUGCUUGUAAAUAUGAUUUUAAGCCCCAUUUUUAUUGUAUUUUAAUCAUUGAUUAGAUAGUAUCCAAUAAUGUUAAAUGUUAACUUAUUAUGAUCACAUUUUAUGGAACUGCAACUUAGAGGGACGAAAAUAUGGUCAGGCUUUACAAACUUUUGAAAUACACCAGUCUUUCUCCUUUCAGUAUUUACCUCCACGGAAGUACAGCAUGCUUAAAAAAUCGGAGGUGUAUUCUGAAGAUACGAAACUUAAAUUAAACUUUUUGCAUUCUGAAUAAUACAGCAGCAAUUUUCGUUAUCCCCGAGAGAAUUUUACAAUUUUUUUGCCUGUAAAAUUUUCUCCCAAAUUUGUAAACUAAAGUAUUAUUUCUGAUUUUUUUUUUUUUUUUUUUUUUUUUUUUUUUUUUUUUUUUUUUUUUCAUUUUUUAGAAAUUGAUCUACACUGUUAGUGAGAAAAACUGGUAAAAUUUUUGACUUUUAAGUAUCUUGCAUGGUAUAAAAUAUUUCAAAACUUUCAAAUGGAGUCCACAAGUCGGAAGAAGUAUCAAAGCCUCAAACCUUUGAAAUCUUUUUACUUAAUAGGGCAACUACAGCAAAAUUUGUGAAUUCCACCAGUGUUUUAUGAUUUCCCGUAAAGUUAGUUUGCUUAGUUUUUGACUGUACUAGAAAAUUAUUCAUUUCUUUCCCUUCAUAAACUAAGUUACCAAAUUGUAAUCAAAGCCUUUAUUUCUCUUUGGGAAACUAUUUUUAUGCAGCCUGUUUAAUUUACAAGUAAUACAAAUUUAAUUAGUCCUGCAGAUAUUGUAGCCUGCAGGCCAAAAAUGAAGAGUCAUUCCAUAUUUUUGAAUAUUUUUUUGUGUUGUUCUUGUUUAUUAUACAGUUGAAAAGCCAAUUAGCAGAGGUAAUUUUAAGGAACGACUUACACGGCUGCAGGUCUAUCGAGAGGCGAUUAAAAAGUAGCCACUGGCCAAGGGCGCCACCCAAGUAGCAUUUUUCAACGGAAAAAUUGCGAUAUUUUGAAAUUAAGUUGCAAUUUCUUGGCGAUAAAAUCAGUAGGAUCAUCAACCUUUUAGCGAUUAUCCUCGAUCCUGUAGCAAUUUUAUCUCUAUACAAGAAUUUUUAGUAAGUAUUGCGCUUACUUCAAUGCAUAAUCGCACAGCAUGUCAUGUCCUAGUCUUAACGACUCAUUUGUUUCCGUUCAGGUGUCUGGAAAAUUGUAUUAAAAGUACCAAAAUAACUUUGCUGAGCUUUCAAUAUUUUUACAGUCAGCUCAUUUCAAACUCUCUUACCGGAGUAAAAAAAAGAAAAUUCGAAUCUGAUGCUUGCAACAGUCCCAUUAUUUGGUCUGUUUUAACGUCCCGCUUUGUGAAGGCCCUCUGUUUCAAAGUCCCAUUUCUUGUUUUUCCAGUUGUGUCACUUUUGACUCAAAGCUCUCAGGCUGUGUUAUGCCUCCUCUAGUCAUUUGUAAACAUUGAUACCUUUUAUUUCAACUAAGUACUGUCAGAUGAAAAUUAAUUAAGUGAUUUAAGUAUGAUAAGUUAUUGUAAUUAUGUCACUUUUAAUUUAUUGUAAGAUCUGUAUCUCUUCAAUCGGCUGAUUCUGGCCGUAAGCCAUUCUGUGGGCUAUGUAUUAUUCAUGGGAAACAACCUAAUCAGCUCGAAAAAAACCCAGUCCGCAGUAAAGUUACAAAGAACAAUGAGGGAAACCUGAAUGUUUGGAACUGUCACUGUUUAAUUUCCUGCCAGCAGAAUUACAAAAGAAAGCAGGUAAAAUGAUGUUUUCAUUGAGAAACUGAGCUUCAAUUUCUUGAUUCUUGGUUUUGCGGGAAAUGAGACAAAAUUUUUCCUUUCUUGUUAAUCUUGCUAGUCGCAUAUGAAAAAGUAACAUUCUAAAUCAUUCUUGGUUUUUGUUUUUUGGUGUCUUUGUUCGCCUCCGGCUUUCUGCUGAAUUAAAUUUUUUUUAAUUCAUUUGUCAUUUCAGAAGCGACUUCAUUCACCAUAUAGAUGUGUGAUCUAUUUUUAAUCUUCAAAAUGAACUUUUUUUAGUGAUAAAUGAUUACAUUUUUUGACUAAACAGUUCUGAUGUUUAUCAAGUUCAUGGCAAUAUCCCUCUGACAUAAAUGUCAAUCAUGUUCACGUUCAGUUUUCCAAGAGACUUUAAGCUGUUGAAUGUUGGUUGUGCUGAGUAUUUUUUCAUGAAACUUCUCAAAAAAUCUUUGUGUGAAAGACCUGCAAAAUCAGGCAUGCAAGCAUUUGCGACCGUUUCUUGCUGAUAGGUAACAUGAUUUAUUGACCAAGGUGAGGAAAUACAGGAUAUUUCUAGCCCAUCGGUAUCCGUAGAAAUUUGACUUAUGUAAUUUCAUCAAUGACCACAAUCUGCGCAGAGCUUCAAGAGGAUAGUUGCAACUGGCGAGGCUUUAAAAUUUAAAUAUAUUUUCACAUCCAAAAGUAUUUCAAAUUGUCUUUUGAAGAGCCGAAAAAGGCAGCACUCUCUUCUCCUCUUUUAAAUGUAUCCUACACUGUCCUCUUAUUUAAAUGGGUCUCCAGGGAAGAAUAUCAGGUUUUUUUUGUUUCUAAUGAAUAUGUAGACUAAGUCUCAAGAAUGAAUUGUUUUAAAAUCAAGUUCGUCUGCAUUUUAUAUUUAAAAUGAAUUAUGAUAGUGAUUUUUUGUCUGUGCCAAGUAUGCCAAAUUGUUGCCAAUCAGAAUUUUAUCAAAUACAAAAACGUUAUUGGAGGGUCUACCUCAUCUCUGGAUUCAGGAUUUUGUUGAGCCACCUGAAGUUAUAUUGUUAACAAGUGCUGGGUGGCAAAUGGUAUGAAAAAGUUGCGUUAGAAGUAAAUUAAUUUGCAUUUUGGUUUGUAACCAACGCUUAUGAAGCAAAAUUGAUUAAAUAUAAAGGAUUCGAAAAGAA